AUGUCGUUCGAUUUAAACGCAAUAAGUUCAGCAUUAAACGAACCAAAUAGAACUUCGAGUGGAGUGGAUUUUUCUGGAAAAUCGUUAAAAUUGGACACCGAAAAAGAUGCUCAACCAAUCAUCGACGCUAUUAACGCCUGUCCAGAUCUCCAAUUCCUUACACUCACAGGCAACACAUUAGGUGUUGCAGCCGCACAAGCUAUUGCUAAAGCACUGUCAAAUCAUCCAGAACUAAAGACAGCCAGGUUCUCGGACAUGUUCACUGGAAGAAUGAAGACCGAGAUUCCGCCAGCAUUAAGUGCUUUAGGAGAUGGUAUGAUAGAAGCAGGGGCUCGUCUUUCACUAUUGGAUUUGAGUGAUAAUGCCUUUGGUCCCAUUGGAGUAGAGGGGCUCGCCAAGUUACUACAAAGUGAUGUUUGUUCAGAAUUACAGGAACUUUAUUUAAAUAACAAUGGUCUGGGCAUAACCGGAGGCAGACUGCUAGCUAAAGCCCUCUCAGCCAACCCUCGGAAGCUCCGUAUCUUCAUUGCGGGCAGGAAUAGGUUGGAAAAUAAUGGUGCCAGAGCAUUAGCUGCUGUUUUUCAGUCAAUGGGAACGUUAGAAGAGAUAGCAAUGCCCCAAAACGGUAUAUAUCAUGAGGGUAUAUCCGCUUUGUCCGAAGCCUUCAAACACAACCCACGUCUGGCCCGGCUCAAUCUCAACGACAAUACUGUAGGGCCCAAAGGAGCUGUGGCGAUAGCUGGGGCCUUGCCUAGAUUAAAAAAUCUAAAAGCAAUCAAUUUUGGUGAUUGCCUCCUCAAAAGCUCAGGCGCCCUCGCCUUGGCCAAGGGACUUAAAGACAACUCAGUUUUAUUAGAGUCAGUGGACGUAAGCCACAACGAGAUAGGGCGCGAGGCGUGCAUGGCGUUUGUGGACGCGCUCGCCGCCGCGCCCGGCGCCGCCGAGAGGCUCACGCGCGUUGUGCUCGCCGGUAAUAGUUUAGGAGGUGCAGCAAACAAAGAGACGAUGAAAACUAAGUUGGGUCCGUCCGCAGAGCUGAGUGACGGCGAGGGGAGUGAAGAUGAGUAUGUGUCAGGAUCUGAAGGUGAGUCUGAUGAUGAUAAGUCCGAAGAUGAUAAGUCCGAAGACAGUGCAACGGAGGACGCUCAACACUUUGAUUCAUCGCUGGAUAUGUCGAAGGGGAUCGAUUUGGAUAGGACGGAGGUAGAAGAGGCACAAACAGACGUUGUCAGAUUCCUAAAAGACCCGACUCUGGAGAACUUGGCCAAGCUCGGAAACAAUGUGGCUGAGUUAAUUGAGGCACAUUUACAGUCUAUCCAAGAGCCUGAGCGGCACACGGUCCGCGCGGAAGCCCUGUGCUGCGUGUCGGGGCUGGGGCCGGGGGCGGAGGCUCAAGCGCGGGGGCUGUGGCGGGGGGCUGCGCGGGUGCCGCUGCAAUGGCCGCUCGCUAAUGCCUUGUUACGCGCGCUCAGGCUUAUUAAGUCUGAAGACAAAGAUUACAAAAUUCGCUGGCGAAUUUCUUCCUGUUAUACAGCGCUUGCGCAGGAAAUAGACCAGCCAUACUUCCCAACAGCUCUCAGAGACACUUUAAAGUUCUUCAUCUCCAGCAAAAUGAUGACGCUUCCGCCAGAAGUAAAAUCCGUUAUAGAAAAACAUCCUAAUUUGUACACA